AUGUCGAACAUUUCCAUUAAUUCACCCGACCCGACCCCAUACAGCUCUCCCAAAAGAAAACAAACAACAGCCAACGCAGCAAAAACAUUCCCUCUCUUCUCCUUCCUCCCCGCCGAACUCCGACACCAGAUCUGGCAAUUCGCCCUUCCAGAACCCUCCCACCCUCCCUCCGCCUUACUCCCCCAUAGAAAAGGCUGCUGGGUCGCCAAACCCAUCCCCUACACCGGGGAAUUGGGACAAGUCAACGACCCCAAUGGCAACUACGAAAUAAUAUUCGACAUGGGUCUACUGGACCGUGUACAGAUCCAUACUCCCCUACUACACGUGAACAGCGAAUCCCGAGCCAUUGCGCAGAAAUGGGCGUCAAAUGUGACUGCUCCACGAAGAAACUGCCUCAGUGAAAAGCAGAUCCAAGAUCAGAUGUACAAUGAUGAUGAUAGUAGCGAAGAUAUACCCCCCUUCUCCCGCCAAUUCGACAUAGACUGCGACCUUCUCUACCUCGUCCCGAACAACAUCGUGGAUUUGAUCCUCGGGGCAGGGGACCGUCUCGAGCAGCCCGAUAUGAAUGGCAAGGCGGCGAGAGUGGUAUUUUCGUUGCCGUUGGCGGUGGUGAGUGAGGAGGUUAUCUGGUUGAAGGAUGAGACGCUUCUGGAGGAAAUCAUGGACUUAUUUUCGAUCUUGGGACUGAUUCAUCUUGUUGUGGGGGAGCAGCCGAAGUGGAUGGAGGGUGGAGUGCAGAAGUGGUGGGAUUUGGAGUGGGUGUCCAAGAGGGCGUUUGUUUGGCAGUGGAUGGAGAAACCCACUGUAUACUGUGCUCCAUGA